AAUGAAAACUUACGUUCACAGUCACUUCCAAAAUAAUCUUCGGGACAUUUGCAGAUACAUUUCCGCUGGUGGUGCAGGAUUAUUUGGGUUAGGUGUUGGCCCCCGUGUUGUGGAUGGGACUGGAGAAGGAACUGGGACUGGUGCUGGUACGGGUGAGGGAACUGGAGAAGGCACUGGGGAAGGUACAGGAGAAGGUACUGGGGACGGAACUGGGACUGGAGUUGGAACUGGAGACGGAACUGGGACUGGAGCUGGAACUGGAACUGGAGCUGGAACUGGAACUGGAGCUGGAACUGGAACUGGAACUGGAGCUGGAACUGGAACUGGAGCUGGAACUGGAACUGGAGCUGGAACUGGAACUGGAACUGGAACUGGAACUGGAGCAGGAGGACCAACCGCUAAAGAGCAAUAA